UCCCUCCCCCAUCUCCUUUCAUGUUCUUUUUCUUUUCCCCACCUGCAGAUAACCUUAGAGAUUAUUUUAGCAAAUUUGGGGACAUUAGAGAAUGUAUGGUGAUGCGAGACCCCACUACAAAACGUUCCAGAGGCUUUGGUUUCGUUACAUUUGCAGAUCCAGCAAGCGUAGAUAAAGUAUUAGCUCAACCCCAUCAUGAAUUAGAUUCCAAGACGAUUGAUCCUAAAGUUGCAUUUCCCCGACGAGCUCAACCUAAGAUGUUGCUGUGCCAGUUGACAGCAGGGUAGAGGACAAAGAGCUGGAAAAGAUCACAA